AUGUCUCUGAUCUCAGCAUUCCGACCACGGUCCGCGCGGAACUCCCCUUUAAGGCGGAGGAAGAACAAGAAGCGAGAGGACCCAGAAACAGAUGCACCGGAGGAUGAUGCUCACUCUAUCAUUACUCCCUCCAAGCAUACCCCGAAACCAUUCCGAGUGCUGCGGGGUACGGUGACUGCUGGCGGUCCUCUAAGGCCUUUCAGGCUGGUGAAGCAGGAUAUCAUGAAUCUUCGCCGUCGAUAUAGAUCUGACUGGACUAUAUUCAAUCAAUUGAUUUUUGCCAGCGCCGUGUACGUGUUCUUCACGAACCUUUUACCCGGCAUCACGUUCGCGAGCGAUUUGUAUGUCUUGACCGGGAAGAGCUGGGGAACCAUCGAAGUCGUAUUCAGCACGGGACUUUGUGGUGUCAUAUUUUCUCUAUUCUCUAUCCAGCCCUUGACUAUCCUUGGUGUCACCGGACCCUUCUCCGUGCUAGCUGAGAACAUAUACAAGCUUUGCGAUGAAGCGUUCAAGAUACCCUUCUUGCCUUUCAUGGCCUGGUCUCUGAUCCAUUCUGCCUGGUUGCAUUACAUACUAGCAAUCAUCAAUGCUCACGACUGGACAAUGCAAUACGUGACCACCUUCGCCACGGAAAUCUUCUCCUUACUGAAUAGCAUCAUCUACUUCCACAAAGCAAUCCAGGAACUCGAAAGAGCACACUCAGACCUCUCAUUUGCAGCCUUCCUGUACGCCAUCAUCGGCGCAGUGGGAACAAUGCUCUUCGCUAUAUUCCUCUCCACGGCAGAAAGCUGGCAGCCAUUGUUCCAUCGCUACGCUCGACUCCUCCUAACAGAAUACGCGGCCGCUAUAUCCAUCAUCCUUUUCAUUGGUCUACCAUACGUGGGCGAACUGGCACAUCUCGACAAGAUGACUCUCCCAGUCAGUGAGACCUUCAGACCCACGUCUCCAGACCGAGAUAGAUUCUUCGUGGAGUUCUGGAAACUGCCGGUACCAUGGAUCUUCGGGGCUAUAAUUCCGGGAAUUAUCAUCACCAUUUUAUUCUUUUUCGACCACGAGGUUAGCUCUAUUAUCUGCACGAUUGACCGAUACGGGACCCGGAAACCUGGCGGGUUCGCGUGGGAUAUUAUAUUGCUGGGCACUACGACUGCUAUCUGUGGGAUUCUGGGUAUACCACCUUCCAAUGGGCUAUUACCGCAGGCGCCUCUACAUUCGGAGUCCCUGAUGCAUGCAGAGCAAGAAACAUCGACAAUUAUUGUAGACGGCGAGGAAAAGAUGCAGACUCGAGAGGUCAAGCGCGUGCAUGAGCAGCGGUGGUCGGCGUUUCUGCACGCAGGGGCGAUUUUCGCAUUUGUUAGCCCGCCGUUUAUGAAGGUGCUUGGCUUGACGCCGACAAGUGUACUCGCAGGGUUGUUUAUGUUCAUGGGGGAGCAGAGCUUAUCGGUCAACCCGAUCCUAUAUCGCGCAUUCUACCUUCUCACACCACCAUCCGAACUCCCACCACUGCCUGCAGCUCUAUCGAAACCAGAAAAUAGCGACACGGACCUUGACAAUGUAUCCUUGCAAAAGCCCUCCUACAUCUCCAUCCAUAUCUAUACGAUCCUUCAGAUCGCCAUCACCGUCGCUAUUUUCAUCGUGACAUUGACACAGGCAGCGCCGGCAUUUCCGGUUCUGAUCAUCCUCCUGGUGCCGUUCCGGUUACUUGUUAUGAAGCGCUGGUGGCCACGGGAAGUUCUCAGGUUUGUUGAUGCGUGGGCUUGUAGGGAAGGGACACCGGAGGAUGACGAAGAUGAGCGCGAGACGAAUAAGCCACAGGAGGGAGAUGUGAGGCCUGGCGAUGGACAGCGUGGAGAUGAUGCUUUCUUCCCCACUACUUCUGCGGAUAAUCGAAAUGAUAUGUUCACUGUUGGAGCGUCGCCUAAAUCUGACAGAUUAUCUCAUGAUAUACGGGCAGCGGGAAGCGAUGAUACUGGCAAUGAUUGGAUUGAGCUUGAUGCUUAUCCGCAGGCGGACGAGGAGAUUGGGAGAAAGGGCAGGUAG